AUGAAAGUACCCGAGUCCAAAGACGUGGUAGACGACAAGCCCCAGUAUAUGAUACAACUGCACGUGCUCGAUAACGGCUUUGUGCUUGUCAACAAUGACAACCAGGCACUGCUCAUUCACUUUAAUGGCUCUUUGACACGAUUAGAGAGUACGUGGGAACCACCGAAGGAAGCACAUUCAUAUGAAGUAUACGGUGUAGUGGGCCUUCUUGAUGGCGUACGAGAAAAGUACCUUGUGGUGAUUACACGGGCACGGAUCCUUGGUCGUCUAUUUGGAUAUCCAGUCUACGUGAUCGAGCAGGUGGCAUGCUUGGAUUUGAAUGCACGCUUGGCCAAAGAAAGAUUGGAUCAAAAGAUCCAACCUGUAAGGCGUGAUAGUGAUUCAGAAAGCGAUGAGGAUGAGGAUGAGGAUGAUAAUGGGACUACUCCUUCGGCAACCAUUUUACCCAAGACAUCAGUAUCCAGUCCUACUACUUCUACAGCGUCAUCACCAGCUACUGCCGUCAGCCCAACUAUUACAGCAUUAGAGGAAAUCGCUGAUCAUGCGGGUGGUGGUGAAACACAACGUCCUGGAUCGACACGUCCUUUUAUGAAUCGUUUUCGAUGGUCAUUGACUGGAAGCAGCAACAAUAUGAAAAAGAAAGAUCAAGAAGAAAAGCCAACAUCGCCUAUACGUGCCAGCUCAUCUCAAGAUUUGUUCACUGCACUCGCCGUCAAUGAAGACCUUGCUUUAGAGAAGCGAAUCAUCAAGCAAGUGACCGAACUUCUUAGCCGAUCCAUGUUUAUAUAUGCCCCUGGAUAUGAUAUCACCAACAGCUUCCAGCGAACAUUUGAAAUGCAACAACAACAGCAUCAACAUAAUGAAGAUAAGGACCCGAUAUGGAAAAAGGUCGACAAGCGCUUUUGGUGGAAUGAGCAUCUUUGUCAUCGAUUCAAAUCAUUAAGCCUGGAUGAAUGGAUUAUGCCGAUCAUGCAAGGCACCAUACAAAUCGAGGAAUGCGAGAUCGAGGGUUAUCAAUUUGACUUUGUCUUGAUCUCUAGGAGGAGUCGAGAACGAGCAGGCAUGCGUUACCAACGACGUGGUAUCAAUGAACAAGGAGAAGUUGCCAACUUUGUCGAAACCGAACAAGCUGUCAUUUUUUAUAGAGACAACAUCCCACAUAUUGCAUCCUUUGUGCAGACACGAGGAUCGAUACCUCUUUUUUGGAGCCAAUCACCUUACAGCCUUCAUCCUGUGCCUGUACUGGAACGUAGCGAGGAGGAGAACAACUUGGCUUUCGAGCGUCACUUUACUGAACAAGAAAAGCUAUAUGGGCGACAAGUAGCCGUCAAUCUUACUGAGUUAUCGGGGCGAGAGGCGAUCGUAGGAUCUGAGUAUCGUCGUCACGUGGAGCACUUGGCUGACCCAAAUAUAAAAUAUGUCGAGUUUGAUUUUCAUCGUGAGACCAAAGGCAUGAGGUUCGAAAACAUUAGCAAGUUGAGCACCAGCUUACGAAAUGAUCUCGCCAAGAUUGCUCAUUUUUGGCAGGCGGGUGAAAAGGUCGUUUAUUGUAAGCAGAAUGGCGUUUUCAGAACGAAUUGUAUGGAUUGUUUGGAUCGAACGAAUGUUGUUCAGAGCGCGUUUGCACGUGUUGUUUUGAACCAGCAGCUGAUGCGAUUUGGCAUUUCCGAGUUUCCUGAUGAGGGGAUCCAUUAUUACGAGAGCUUUGAACGAAUUUUCAAUCAUGUAUGGGCCAACAAUGGCGAUAUGAUUUCAAGGAUGUAUGCGGGGACAAGUGCUCUCAAGGGCGACUUUACACGCACAGGCAAACGCAACAUUACAGGGAUGAUGAAUGAUGCAUCCAACUCGCUGGCACGCAUGUACCUGAAUACUGUCAAGGAUUUUUGGAGACAAGCGACAAUUGACUACAUCCUAGGUUACCACAAGAUUGAGAUCUUUCGCCAUGUUCCCCAGAGCACCUUGAUGUCAGCUGAACCAGGCAUGGAGCGUCGGUGGGCCAAGAUCCGAAUGGAUGCAAUCGAGAUUAGUAGUGCGAUUGUGAUUGCAGAUGAUGAGAUAAGAUUGGGAGGUUGGACCUUACUUUCACCCAAUGAACCACAAAAGAGACGAGCCAAGAAAUUCGAGGAAAAGGUUGUUUUGCUUACGACCAAAGCCUUGUAUGUUUGCAGCUACAACUAUAAGCUCGAAAAGGUGGUCCAAUUCAGGAGAAUCGAGCUCCAUAUGCUUCUGGGAAUUCAAACGGGCGAAUACAUCUUAUCCUCGACAACACCUCAAUCCCGAGACAUUGAACAAAACUAUGGCUUUCUCCUUUAUUACGAUGCGGACCAUGAAUUGACGAGGAUGAAUACUGGCAGUAUCAGGAACCAGAAUCUUGGCGAUCUCAACAUUGGCAAUAGCCGUCGCAACAGCAGCAGCAGCAAUCAUCAAGAAAAAACAUCAUCCAACGCUGGCAGUGCACAAGAAGAAGAGGAGGGAGAGGAGGAUCAUGAAAAUGACAGCAGCAGCGGUAGUGACAGCGAUAAGGAAGAGGAUGAUGGACGCAUGUUUUUGGCAUUCAAGGCAGUGCGAUACAAUGUGCUUGGAGAACUUUCGGAUGAUCAACAAAGCUGUCGGAAACAAGUACAGGAGAUUGCGUAUCAAAUUAGUAAAGCUUGUGGUCAGGAGAACGAUCCACAGUUCCUGUACGACAAACCGAUCAUUAGCAUCAGGCAGGCUGAGAAUACUGAUGGCAUCUUCAAAAAGAUGGGACUCAAGAUCAAACAUGCCAUGUGGAUGUAG